CGUUCAAAGUUAUCCAAUUAAAUUCGCCGUUACUGAAACUCUUUUAUCUUCCAGCCAGUAAUAUAAAACCAACCGCUUGUCGGCGCAAUAAGGAAGGGCCCACACCGCGGAAAGCGUUCCACGGAGACUUUUCACUUGCUGCUGUUACGUUUUUAGGUUUUCACAUUCAACUACCACCAUGUCAGACGCCGAGCAGCAGUAUAUGGAAACCUCACUGAACGGCCACGAGGGUGAGGAUGAUUUGAACGGAGCCGGGCAGUACGAUCAGGGCAACGGGGAUGCGCAGGCCGGGGCGCAAGGAAACGCCGGUGCGGACGGGACGGCCGGAGACGAUGGAGCGGACGGCGGGCAAAUUGAUGCGAGCAAAGGAGAGGAAGAUGCGGGGAAAAUGUUCGUCGGGGGCCUCAGCUGGGACACCAGUAAAAAGGAUCUUAAAGAUUAUUUCUCUAAAUUUGGAGAGGUGACAGACUGCACCAUUAAAAUGGACCCAAACACUGGACGUUCAAGGGGAUUCGGGUUCAUUCUUUUCAAAGAGCCAUCAGGUGUAGAUAAGGUUUUAGCACAAAAGGAGCACAGACUGGAUGGACGACAGAUUGACCCCAAGAAGGCAAUGGCAAUGAAAAAGGAGCCAGUUAAGAAGAUCUUUGUUGGCGGACUGAACCCUGAAACCACAGAAGAGAGGAUCCGCGAGUAUUUCGGUGCCUUUGGCGAGAUUGAGACUAUCGAGCUUCCAAUGGACCCCAAGUCAAACAAGAGGAGAGGCUUUGUCUUCAUUACCUUCAAGGAAGAAGAGGCGGUCAAGAAGAUUCUGGAGAAGAAAUAUCACAAUGUCAGUGGAACCAAGGACACAAGCGGAAAAGAAGGCCUUUGUGAGAUUAAGAUUGCACAGCCUAAGGAAGUGUACCAGCAGCAGCAGUAUGGAGGUCGCUUUGGUGGAGGAGGAAGAGGAAGGGGGCGUGGAGGUCAGGGUCAGAACUGGAACCAGGGCUACAAUAACUACUGGAAUCAAGGCUACGGAAACCAAGGCUAUGGCGGAUACGGCGGGCAGCAAGGCUACGGAGGAUACGGCGGCUACGGGAACUACGACUACUCGGGCGGCUACUAUGGCGGAUACGGCGGAUAUGACUACAGUCGUAAAGCUGCCGAGCAGGAACCAGCGGUCUGGUCGCAGUGAACGUUGGGAUCUUUUACUUUUUGGAAGUUGGCAGAAUCUGGACUUCUGCUUCAUUUUGUACAGAAAACAAAAGGAACUGGGGGGGCGCAAAUGUCACUUUUCACAUUUGUUUUAUUUUACUUUUGUUUUUUGUUUUUGUUUUAUUUUCGUGUUUUGUGUCCUUUUUACAUUUCCAGAAAUGGAAGUGUUAUUUUUUUACUGUACUUUUUGGUACCUUUUUGAAUCUAAUGUAUUGUAUGGUUGUAUUUUACAUCAUGGCUGUGUCUAUCACAUCUAGGCUCAGAGCUCUCUAAAAAUGCUUUCAAAAUAAACAUUUUUGGUUGAUUUUUACUUCUUUUGGUUAGUGUUCCUAGAUGAUUUCCUUUUCUCCCCCUAGUGUCACCUGUGCUUUGUGUUGCAUGGCUUCACGGUGAGAUGAAAAGGGAUUUCUUUAUGAUUGUAAGCUUGUCCAUUUUGAAAUCUGUUAGCGGCAAGUCUUGGUGACAUUUUUAUUCUUUUAAUUUGUUUGUUUUUUUUCCUCUCCCUGUACUGCUUUUAAGGAGACUUCCUCCCAUCGUGUUAGAUAUUUAAGAGUGGCUUUAAUAGUGAUUAAACUAUACCUCAAAACAUACACAGGUAAACUGUAACACGACUCUUUCUGGAAACACUGGAUACACAUUCCUCCAGUGUCUUGGACAAAUUUCAAGAAAUAAACUUGAUUUUUAAGAUGUC